AUGCUCCUGGCCAAGGACCAGAUCAUUCAGGUCAAGGACCUGGAAAUCAACGCCAAGGAUGAUGUGAUCAAGGCUAAACAGAGUAUGAUUGACCAGCAAGGGGCGCGCAUUGACGAGCUCCAGACCAUGCAGAACAGCAACGCUAAAGAGAUCCAGCGCUUGAAGGUGAAUGGACCACUCUUGCCUAACCUAGCUCACUGCAAGCCUAGCUCACCCUGCCCGCUCUCUCCAGCCCGUGGACAACAAGCUUGCCGCUUUCAAGGCCAAAGGAGUGCAAGCAAAGAAGGAGUUGGACCUGAUUUGCCUGAUGUGGAAGAACAGUGCAGCCUACAGGAGCCUGCUGGGUGAGGACAAAGAGGUGCGUGCAAACUUUGAGCGCAAGCAGCGCAAAGGCGCGCCCUUCUCCACCUGUUGCUCCACCAAAGCCCGUGGACAACGAGCUCGCCGAAAAGGCUUGUGGUGAGUUGUUGCUUGCGCUUAUGGCUUGGUGGUAACUUGGUGGCCAAACCUGUGAAGUUGAAGGGCUGUUGCUCACCUUUCUCCUCUUUUGGCAGAUCUCUGCACUCUGCACCAUUGGCAAGACUUUCAACCUUGGCUUGCCUCCAUGUGUCACCUUCAAUGGCAAUGAUGUCCUCUAUAUUGAGUGCGUGACAGGCUGA